AUGAUUCUCGCUCUGUGCAGCCUGCUUCUGGUACAUGCGAACUCAUUUUACCGCCGUGAUUUCAACCCUAUCUGCUCCUCGUACAUCGUUAGCAAAGGGGAUACGUGUACCAGCAUUGCCGCAAAAUGCGAUAUCACUACUCACCUGCUCACUACCUAUAAUAAGGGUGUGGACUGCGCUAAAAACGUCGGAAAGCCGAUGUGCUGUUCUACAGGAGGAACUCCAGUUCCACCGAGAGAUGUUGGAGGUGUCUGCUACAAGUAUACCAUUCGGGGUGAAGAUACUUGCGAGCGAAUUGCAAAGGCAUAUGGCAUCACGAUUGCCAAUAUUGAGGCCUGGAAUAGGGAGACAUGGGCCUGGUAUGGGUGUGGUGAUCUUCAGAUUGGGGGCAAUAUCUGUCUCACUGAGAAAGGUGUCUGUCCUAUGCCGAUAUCCAUUCCUGGUGCUGUUUGUGGUCCUCAAGUACCUGGGACUGCGCGUCCUACCGAGUGGAAGAAAUUCCCCUCGUUGAAUCCCUGUCCCUCUAGUCAAUGUUGUAAUAGAAAAGGCCAAUGUGGCACCGGCGCGGACUUUUGUGGCUCGACUACAUUUAAAGCUAGUGCGACCACCGUUAUCAAAAAGCAGGCUGAUGUUGAGCCUGCGGGCAAGACGACAAUCUCAUAUACAACUGUGAGAUACACCGCUGCGAUAAGUUUAAACUCCGCGACCAGCGCUAAUCCAGCCCAGUCUGCGAGUACUACCAUAACGACCAGUUCCAGUUCAAUAAAACCAAGCACCACCCUGACUACCCGUGCAGGCACGACCUCAACCGGCAUCGAAACAGUACCAUCAGGGUGGCUGCUGCUGAUGUAUAUGGAGAAGGGUUGCGAAGGAGAUUAUGUGGCCCUCCAAGGCCACAAUAAAGAACUACGCAAUUCUAAGUGUCUUGUGCUCCAUGGCGGUCUCAGUACCAAUAUCACAGACGAAGAUGUUUCAUGUCGAUACUGGGUCGACGGUGGUCUGAACUGGAAAAGCUGCGACGAUAGUCCGAAAACACGGCCUGCAUCAUGGAAGAUGAUCAAUGGUCUCUGCACGGUAGUCGAUAAUGAUAAAUGUGACAACUACAAUUCCAUCGGCCAGACAUAUGGCUGGCGGGGGAAGGGAGGACCUUGUCAGAAUGGUGGUAGACGAGGCGAUCCUAGGACGUUCAACUCAAUGCAGUGUUAUGUCGGGUAG